AUGAAGCGCGGGGAGUCGUGGAGCAAGGCCAGGCCGAACGGGUGGACAAGAGGAAACAAAACGACCGCUCCCUGCAGGGCGCUGUCAGCGAAAGCAAGAACUCGGAGUCGUCCAAAGCUGGAGAGCCCGGGAAUGCGUCAGCGGGCAGGGCCGCAGACGGCCACCCCUUUGAGCGUGAGGAGGAACACCUCCGGGACAGCCGUGGGCCACAGAGAGUACAUGAGGGAAACCACUACGCCAGUGCUCGCCCUCCGUCAGAGUGGUACGGAGGUUCGUCAGCACACCGACCGAGGUCUCGCAGCCGAGACCAAGACCUUCGCCGGGGACGAAGCUCAAGCAGAGGCCGUAACCGCAGCCGGUCGAGGCACGAAGGCGGUAGUGGCUGGGGCGGUGACAUGCGCAACCUACGAUCGCGCUCUCGAUCGAAGCAGAGGAACUACCCCGGUGGUGGUCACGUCUACGGCUCUAGGCGCGGUUCAAGGAGCCGCGAACGGUCUCGGUACUCACCGUCAGGUUCACGAACGUAUCCUAGCCUAG